CCUUGCUUCUUGCUGCUUUCAUUUCCAACUUGUGCGCUUUUGCUAGCUGCAGAAGCCAACACUAGUCAAGGUCUUCUGUUGCCAGCUGCCGUGUUGGGGUUUAGCUGUUUAGUUGUCGUGUUGCCAAUUGCCUCUUUGCUGUGAUUGACCCGACCGCCCCAUUCAGACACGAUGAGAUUCCCAUCUAGCCUGAGCCUGGCCUCCUUCCCUCCCCGAAACUCAGAUGCUGACGGCACUGAUCCGCCAGAAGACAUGCGCGGGCCGAGGCACUCAAAUCAGUCCACCAGAUCAGGGGCGCCAGAGCGAGCUGCAAAAUUGGCGGCUGAGGUGGUGUCAGAAGCGGAGACAAUGACGGGCUGCCAUUUGGAGUCGUUUGUGCCCCAUGAGUAUACCGCACAGCUGGACUGGCAUAAGGGCCCGAGAGCGGCCCUCAGCCGGUUGUUCCCUCGCUAUGGCCGCUACUGUGGUCCCAAUUACAGCAGUGGGCGAGACGAUGGUUCAAAAACAUGGGACCAGGCGCCGGUUGAUUGGCUAGACAACUGCUGCUACCGCCACGACAUGGCGUAUGACUCGCACGACCAGUCAGUACUCCUAGAGGCGGAUGUCCAGCUCCUAAGAUGCCUCAGGAGCCGGCCUAGAAAAGCUGACGGGAAGAAGGUGGAGCUCGUAUAUCCCUGGGGGGAGGCUUAUGAAAUGGCGUGCCAACAAGGGUUGCAGCACUUUCUGAUACCGUACCGAACGGUGCUGAUCCGUUUGAAGGAGAGGAAGCAAAGGGAGGAAGAGAAAACACGACCGGCUCAGCAUCGCCGGAAAGACGACAGACGGCCCACUCUUGACUUAUAGCCUACAGUGAACUGCCCUUACUGCCGUCCUUAUCCCUUCUUUGAAAUCAACUUCAUCAAAGUGUUUAGAAACAAUCCAGUUUAUACAUACGAGCACAGCUACUCGCUGACUGUAGAUAAUCGCCCGAUAAAUGCUCGAAGUAGCUGCGCAUUGCCGUCAAACGUAAGAAAGGACAGUGCGUUCUUUCCUCCAACGAUUUGGGCAGAACAUAAACGUGCAAUAAAGUUGCUUGAUUACGUUCCUUGAUAUGCUGACAAUUGAUAUAAAUUUGCAGGCAGCAGGAUACAGAGCACAUUGCUCUUCAGAAAGCAGUUCGACUCAGGUGAUAAGACACUGGUAGUUGCUCUACAAGUCUUUGAUGUGGACUUUCACCACUUUCACCGGUGUUCUUCCAUGGAGUCUCUGAUUUGCAGACUCUACUACACAGCACUGGGCCUGAUCGUUGACCGGUGAAGUAGAUGCACAAGACCAGUAAUCUUUCCGGCGUUGGAUUGUCAAAGGGGCCUACUUUAAAGGGGCA